CCUCACUCCUCACUCACUGACAGUCUUCUCAUCUCUGCUCUUCUGCUCCCCCACUUCCAAAAUCCAAAUUCCAAAAGACCAGCCAGCGGGACACGCCGGCGGAAGCUCGAAGGCUGCGCUCGGGGGAUGGCCGGCGAGCAGGGAGCGCCGUCUGCCGCGGCGGUGGUGGUGGCGGCGCGGGCCGCGGCCAGGGAGGUGCCCCGGUCGGCGGCCGCGUGGGCGCUGGCGCACGUCGCGCGGCCCGGCGACGCCGUCCUCAUCCUCGUCCUCAUGCCGCCGCCGCAGCCGGCCGCCGCCUCCGGUAGAAGGCCGUGGAGCUUCCCCUUCUUCGCGGGGGGCUGCGCCAGCGCCCACGCCGCGGCGCCGGCCCAGCGCUCCGACGUCUCCGACCUCUGCGCGCAGAUGAUGCUCACCCUCCGCGACCUCUAUGACCCCACCAAGGUGGGCCUGAGGGUGAGGAUCGUCGCCGGCGCGGGCCCAGGCGCCGUGGCCGCCGAGGCGAAGCGGGCGCGGGCGAGCUGGGUGGUGCUCGACAGGGAUCUCAAGGUCGAGGAGACGCGCUGCAUGGAGGAGCUCCAGUGCAACAUCGUCGCCGUCAGGCGCUCCCGGCCCAAGGUGCUCCGUCUCAACCUCGCGUGCUCCACGGAGGAGGCACACCCGGAGCCGGCAGCUCCCCCGCCCCAGCCCGAGCCCAGUGCCCAAGAUGAGGUGAACGAGGGGACGGUUUCGGUCACGGGACCCGCCGUGACGACGCCGAGCUGCAGCCCGAACUCAGAGACGCCGUCUGGCAGCACCGACGACGCCGGAGCGUCCUCCUCCGUGUCCACCUCGGACCCCGGCGCUUCCCCAUUGUGUGCUUCACCUUCAGAAGAGGCCGGCAUCUGCAUCUCUCUGAAGAAGGAAGAAGCAGAGGAUGCGGGAGCGUCCUCCGUGCCAACUUCUUCAGAAGAACCGGGCAUUUCUCCAUUGUGUGCUUCAGAAGAAGCAGGCAUCUCUCUGAUGAAGAAGAAGGAAGAAGAAUCCGAGGAUGUGGAGACAUCUCCUCUGUCAAACUCAGCAAACCCAGCCAAUUCUCCAUUGUGUGCUUCAGAAACAGACAGUAGCUCUCUGAAGAAAGACGAAACCACCAACAUUGAUGCAUCCUCUGUGUCAAGCUCAACAGACCCUGCAACCUCUCCAAUGUUCGCUUCAGAAACAGACAUCAGCUCGCCGGAGACGGAGGCGUUCGACGAUUCCACCGGAGCAUCCUCCGCUGCAAGCUCAGAGCCUGGCGCCACUACUCCAGCUUGUGCUUCAGAAAGAGAUAUGAGCCCUCUGAAGAGAGAAACUGUCAAUGUACUAUCUGACCCUGGGAGUGAAGCUUCAGCUGCAACUCCUCAGGCAGCAUCAGCAGCAGCCUCGCCGUCAAUCCAGCCAUGGAUGGCCGACAUCCUGCAGCGACCCGGCGCAUCCCCCAGACCAACACCAACCCGUCGAAGAACCCCGACGGCCGACGCGCUGCUGGAGAAGAUCGCCAAGCUGGACCUGCUGACGGAGAUCAGCGCCGUCAGGAGCAGGUCAGACCUCAACUUCAGAGGCAACGUGAGGGACGUGGUGUCCCUCUCCCGGACCCCUGCGCCGGGGCCGCCGCCGCUGUGCUCGGUGUGCCAGCACAAGACGCCGGUGUUCGGGAAGCCGCCGCGGUGGUUCAGCUACGCCGAGCUGGAGCACGCCACCGGCGGCUUCUCCAGGGCCAACUUCCUGGCCGAGGGUGGGUUCGGGUCUGUGCACCGAGGGGUGCUGCCUGACGGCCAGGCCAUCGCCGUGAAGCAGCACAGGCUCGCCAGCAGCUCGCAGGGCGACGUCGAGUUCUGCUCGGAGGUGGAGGUGCUCAGCUGCGCGCAGCACCGGAACGUCGUGAUGCUCAUCGGCUUCUGCGUCGAGGGCAAGAGGAGGUUGCUGGUCUACGAGUACAUCUGCAACAGAUCACUGGACACUCAUCUCUAUGGCCGUCACAAGGAGACCUUGGGGUGGGCUGCCCGGCAGAAGAUCGCGGUCGGCGCCGCCAGGGGGCUGCGGUACCUCCAUGAGGAAUGCAGGGUCGGCUGCAUUAUCCACCGCGACAUGAGGCCGAACAACAUCCUCGUCACGCAUGAUUUCGAGCCACUGGUCGGCGAUUUCGGGCUGGCCAGAUGGCAACCUGACGGAGACAUGGGUGUUGAUACAAGAGUCAUUGGCACAUUCGGUUACCUGGCACCUGAAUAUGCUCAGAGCGGGCAGAUUACCGAGAAGGCCGAUGUGUACUCAUUUGGGAUUGUUCUAGUGGAACUUGUCACUGGACGCAAGGCUGUCGAUAUCAACAGACCCAAGGGCCAGCAGUUCCUUACUGAAUGGGCACGGCCAUUGCUCGAGGAGCACGCGAUCGACGACCUCAUCGACCCGCGCCUCGAGGACCGCUUCUGCGAGAACGAGGUCUACUGCAUGUUGCACGCGGCGAACCUCUGCAUACGGCGUGACCCACAUUCGAGGCCGCGAAUGUCCCAUGUUCUCCGCAUCCUGGAGGGCGACAUGGUGGUGGAGUCUGGCGGCUGCAUCUCCGCGCCGAGCAGCGACGCCGGGAGCAUGAGCCGCCGCAUGCUGAGCGACCGGCUGCACUACCAGGAGCAGGGCAGCCCGGUUCGGUCCGAUCAGCGUGUCAGCGCGGUGAACCGCUCCCUUGAGACCACCCUGAGGAGCGCCUGGGAUGCUGAUGAGCAGGGCUUGUCUAACAGGUUUUGGUACCCUUCAGCAGCUGCUGCAGACUGCAGCCAACACCCAAGAUGAUGAAUUGUGUGCUGCUCUUUGCAUCUGUGCCACUGAUGCUCUGUUUAUAGCAGUGGAAUAGAUAGUAUAGUAUAGUAAUAGGGGUUUACAUUGUGUAACCCUGGAUUUGAGCUCUUGUUUCUGAGCAUGAACUGAUACAAGUGUGGUGACAUACAUGUAUGCAGUUGUUUCA